AUGGGUUCUGCCAAUCCUCAGCUUGUCACGUGCUUUGCCAAGUUGGAUCUGGCUGAUGCCUACUUGCAGGUCGAAGUCGCUCCAGUGUCGCGCGAAUUGCUGACGAUAAACACACACCGUGGUCUGUUCAUGUACACCAGAUCAUCCUUUGGUGUCAAGAGCGCUCUGGCCCCGCCCCAGCAAAUAAUACUCUCCGGCGUUCCUGGUAUGGCUGGGUACCUGGACUACAUAACCGUCAUGGGUCCCUCCCCAGCUGAGCUCCGAGAACGAGAGUGCACAGUAUUUGAACGCGUGCUGGAAUAUGGCUCCCGAUUGCGUGCCGACAAGUGUCAAUUUUUCCUCGAGGCUGUGGGAUGCGAGAUAGUCCUGCAAGAACCUGAGAUAGGAGUAUCCCAACUGUGA